ACUACUUCCUUCUCCCUAAAUGUUACACAGGUAUUUCCUUUUUUACUCAUGUUUUAUCUUUAACCGUACGUGUUAUUAUCCAGGUAUAUCAAUCCUAAAAUGAAUAAAAAAGAAGCCAAGUCAAAGAAAGUUUCCUUCUGGGGCAAAAAGAGUAAAAAUGUAGAAGAAGCUAAAGAUGAGGAAACAGAUCUGAUUGCUGCAAAAACAAAGGCUGAACAGACGGAGCCAAAUGAAGAGGUUCCAAAUAAGAAGACCAAUGACGCAAGAUCUUCUGUGGAAGAAACAAAGACAGGAAAAGAAAAGAAAAAGAAAAGUAAACAGAAAAGUAAAAAGAAAAGCAAUAAAGAAACCGUUGAAGAAUUAACGUCCCUAACAAUAGAAAUGAAAGACAUUGCCAAAGAGAAAAAGUUGGCAAAAAGGAAUGAAGAUCUUCGUAGGCUAGAGGACGACUCUGAAAAACUGACCAAAACAAAAGAGACGGAAGAACAGAUUUCUCAGCUUAAAUCUAUGACGACUGAGUUGACUGUAAUAGCAGGGGACAACGUCGAUAAGCUGGACAAUAGAGGGGAUAAAUUGUUAGAGUUAGAGGCUAGGGCUGAAAUUCUAGAGGUCUGGAUUCAGAGGGCAUGUGUUCGAAUCCCUCUGACUGUGCGACACCGGCGGGAGCGAAUAUGGACUGGGCUGAAGACCAUGUCACUUGGACACAGAACGAUUGGGUUCCAGUUCUGUUCACCGAUCAGUCCAGGUAUUGUUUGGACUUUACAGACAAGGAGGCAACGAGUGUGGCGACGACGACGUGAACGUUUUCAUGAUACCCACAUCAGUGAACAUGACCGUUAUGGGGGUGGUUCCAUCAUGGUCUGGGGUGGAAUCAGCAGGGAUGGAAGAACAGAUCUGCAUGUCCUGGAGAGAGGAACAAUGACGGGGGUGCGGUAUGCGGAUGAGAUCCUGGAUGUUUACGUUGAGACCCUACGCUGCUUGUCUAUUUUCCUAAUAUUACAUUUCAGUGCAGCCGAGUACACAGAUGGUGUCAUGUCGGCAAAUGCAAUGGUAGAAAACAAUGGAAACGUUUUCUGGCCCGUACCUACCAAACUUCAAAGUUCCUGUAAAGUGGACGUGACCUACUUUCCUUUCGACGACCAGAUCUGUAAAAUGAAAUUUGGGUCAUGGACAUAUGAUGGCUUUCAAGUAGACAUCACUAAUAGGUCAUCAGAAGUGGACCUCACAAACUAUGUCGUGAAUGGUGAAUGGGUUCUGAUAAGUGUCAGAGUUCAAAGAAACGUGGUUCAAUAUACAUGCUGCCCUGAACCAUUUCCGGAUGUGACGUUUUUUGUUCACAUAAGACGUAGAACGCUUUACUAUAUGUAUAACGUUAUCUUUCCAUGUAUUAUGAUGUCAGCGCUAACGCUGUUGGUGUUUUGUCUCCCACCGGAUUCCGGAGAAAAGAUAGCACUCGGGAUCACUGUUUUACUUGCCUUUUCUGUCUUUAUGCUUGCAGUGGCAGAAAAUUUACCAGAAACUUCCGAGUUUGUUCCACUUAUCAGUAUCUAUCUCACUAUCGUAAUGUCGUUGACAUCAGUUUCCGUAAUAAUGACGGUAUUCGUGCUGAAUCUUCAUCACAGAGGCCCAAACAGGCACCCGGUGCCGGUGUGGUUACGUAAUUUCCUUCUUGGACCAGUUCAUGAUAUGUUAUGCAUGGGAAAAAGUAAUGGAUUACCAUCAAUAAACCAAGAACAAAAUAAUCGAAUUUUAAGAACAAUGUCUUUAAGAGCAACGUUAGAAAAUAUUGCUCAGGAACUUCAGAAUGAAGCGCAAUUAGAAAAUGGUGGAAUGGCGGACACAAUUAUUACAGAUGGACAGGGAACAACGCUCCAUAAUGACGUUAGGUGUGACGUCAGACUAUUACCAAACGAAACGCACCAAAGGCCAAAAAGAGGAAUCCAAGUAAAAAAUUUGCAUACAAAAUCGCACGAAGAGAUCGUUAAAAAUUUACAAAUUAUUUUGGACAAGCAUGAAAAGGAAGAUCGAGAUUUUCAAGUUAUUCAGGAAUGGAGAAAAGUAGCACAGGUCGUGGAUCGCAUCUUAUUUUGGAUUUUCCUUUUCGGAACAUUAUGUUCAACCAUCAUUAUUUUGGUUAUUACUCCAGCAUCGAAAUAAGUACAUUCAUUACCCAUUGUCUUUUUUUAUUAUAAUCAUCUAUGAAAACUUUUAAGUUAAAAAAUGCAUCUCAUUUUUGAAUCACUCUUUCAUUUUUACAUGUGUCAAUUUUGUUUCAUACAUGUUAGUGCAAACAUGUUUCAAAUAUAUGAUAAGAUUUUUACAAUUA